ACUCAUCCAGCGUGCUUUGGCUCGAGCUUUGGUAGCCCGCACAUUUGAUCAGCUGAAGAGCCAUGGCGGACCGCAAGGCAGUCAUCAAGAAUGCAGACAUGGCGGAGGACAUGCAGCAGGACGCCAUCGACUGCGCCACGCAGGCCUUGGAGAAGUAUAACAUCGAGACGAAGGACAUUGCGGCCUUUAUCAAGAAGGAGUUUGACAAGAAGUACAACCCCACCUGGCACGCCGUGGUCGGCCGCAACUUCGGCUCGUAUGUGACCCACGAGACGAAGCACUUCAUCUACUUCUACCUCGGCCAGGUGGCGAUCCUGCUCUUCAAGUCUGGCUAGGAGCCAGUGAGGUGCCGCGCAAUUGGCAGACAAAGCUGCCAUAACGCAAGGCGACCGCCUGUGGCAGACCUAGCAACCCUGCAGCAUUUCAAGCUUCAAGGCCGAAGGCGACAUGGAAUUGGGCGUGAUGGGAGCAAGGGACCAACGUAUUUGGACGCUGGCUGUGGCAGGUCAGGCCUAUGAGCAUUUGACGGGAUUCGAGAGAGGACAGAGGUAUUGGUA